UCAAUAUCAUUCCAUCCAAGGUUGCAUGGAUCCCAAACCCCAUGUUCCGGUAAUCGACAGAGGUGUUCAAACUCUUGGUCCUGAGGACGAGCAUAGUGGAGGGGCCUUGAACACAAGGAUUUCGAUCGAAGAGUCUGCUGAAUAUCCAAGCAUAGAUGAUGCCAGCAUCGCAAAAACUCGAAGUUGCAGUCCUAAAUGGAUACAGGCUGAACAGGGCCAUCCAGACGAUAAUGCCUCUCCAGGGGCACUCAGACAACCUCACACCAGAUCAUCAAAAGUUAUAGUCUACGACUCCGAAAAAGAAAAGCUCUACGUCAAAAGUCUAGAUGAAGUGAGAAACUAUCGAGCGAUUGUUUUCAGGUUACCAUCUCAUAGAAGCAAAGCCGUCCACGUAUAUAUCGGCAGUGUAACUGAAGUGGGACUUUCGGCCAACUAUCGAGCCCGUAUCACCACCAAGAAGCGGUUCUUCGAUGGGCUUCAAUACUACCAAACAAUUCGGUUGGACCGCCUAAGUUGCCAAAGGAAAUUACAGCUUCUAUUUGGUCAAAUAAAAUGG